AUCAGAGUCAACGUUACGAUGUUGAAAGCCAACGGAGAAUCUCACAAAGGCCAGGUUGUCUUUAAUAUCACCUAUGCCAAUGGACAGGUGUACCUAAAUGACUUCCCUAUGAGAAGCGGGGUGGCCCACAUAACGUGUCAAACAGUAAUAGUGGAGAACGGAAACUGGGACCGCUUACCGGAGCAGCAGCGCCUGGCAAUCGUCAGUGUUCGCAUCAUGGUUCACGAGUGGCCUUUGGCAUCCAGUUCCAAUUUGCAGCUGAUUGUCAUUCAGGAAGAAGUGACAGAAAUUGAUGGAAAACAGGUAAAGCAGGAAGAAGUAACAGAAAUAGAUAUCUUAGUAAAGGACCUGAGAGUACUUAGACAUUCGAACUACACUGUCCCUUUGAAAGAGAGCAUGCUGUAUUCCAUCCCAAGGGACAACGACAUGUUAUUUACACUUCCCAACCUCUCAGGAAAAG